UAAAUAAAUAUUUUUUUUGAUUGUUAUUCAUAAAAUAGUGAAAUAAAGUCAAUCAACCAGUAAAUGAAACUGCAUAAACAUUUUUUUUUUGUGUGUGCUAUUCCCUCCCAGCUGAUACGUUGCAUUCGUUGACACUUGUGGCGCACUUUGUGCAUUGUUGUUGUUGUCGUUGUUGAUAUUGAUGGAAUUUUUGGAAAUUCUCCUAGUUGAAUUUGAUUAAGUGCUGCACUUGUGUGUUAUUGUUGUUGCUAUUGUUAUUUUCUGGUGCUUACGCCCUACGAUAAAAGCGGCUGCAAUCGUUAAAAAUAAUUGUGCAAAAAAUACAACAACAACAAAAGAACCGAGAUUGAAGACCAACAAGUGCGCGGCUACAAUUGCAUACUGUCCAUGUGUGCGUGUACGUGUGUGUGAGAGCGUGCGUUUGUGUAUUUAUAGCAGCAGCGUGUUUGCGUGUGUGCGUGUGUGUGUCAACGUGCCUGCGUGUUGGACUCUUUUUGGCAAAGUGCGUUCAACCAAUCAAAAGUGAAAUAGAAUUUGACAACAACAGCAACGAGUAAAAAGUGGAACAGAACUAAAAUAACGGAACAGCUGGCAAACAGGCAAACAGCGCAGUCAAUAGUGACAGUGUCAACGACAGCGACAGCAGCAACGGUUGUUGUCUACUCCUUCUUCUAUUCCUAUUUACUCUUGCUUGGCAACAGGUGUCGACGGCUGCGCAGCUGCAUUUGCUAAAGCGACAAAAUGACCGAUUUAAAUGAACUCAUGAGCUCCCAAUUUGUGCGCGUCAAGGUCGUUGCCUUUGUGCAUUUCGUCUUCAUAUCGAAUGCAAUGCUCGGCACUUGGGGUCAUGGCGCCUACGAGUUCUACAAUUUCCUGUUCAUCAUCUCCAUGUUCUGGGCGAUACACAGCAAGGAUUCCAUUGAGGCGGUGCAAACGGCGCUUGUGAUCGAUGCCUUAAGCAUAUUCUUUGAUAUAGUGAGCAUUAUCAUUAGUUUCGACUUUAUGAAUGGCUGGGCCGUGGCAUUUACCAUUAUCAAUCUCAUAUUGCGUCCGCUGAGCGUCGCCCUGCUCUAUCGGGAGUUCAAUACGCGCGGCGGCAGCCUGCAGAGCGGCUCCGUCUUUCCAACCAAUCAGCAGCGCAGCUACCAGGACAUAGAUCGUCCCACGCAGCCGACACCGACCAACUCGCAGCCGGGACCCAAUGUGGCGAGCAUUUUCUAAGCUGGAGUCAACCUUCGGAGGCCCAAUAGCAAGUCGAAAGCGAAAACUAAUACGCCCCAUCAUAUACUCCUCCGGGCAGAGAAAGCAC